CCUGGGACUCCUCCGGAGCGAGAGACCAAAGUCACUUGGCGCUGGAAUACUCGUCCCUGCAGGAGGUCGGAAAUUUCUUCGCAAACCCAGUUGCUCGAAAAGACAUCAAAAUAGGUCCCCCGGUGCCACCGAAGCCGUCCACGAUGACGAGGAAGGCGUUCAAGAUUUUCACUAUCGACGCCUUCACCAACAAGCCAUACUGUGGCAACUCGGCUACCGUGGUCUUCCUGGAUCGAGAUCAGGAUAUCCCGGAUGAGCUCAAACAGCGAAUAGCGAAUGAGAUGAGUUUCUCGGAAACCGCCUUCGUUUCAAAGAAGAAACCUGAAGAUCAUUUCAAUUCAGCCUCCGAUUUCUUCUUGCGUUGGUUUACCCCAAAGAAAGAAGUUCCGCUCUGCGGGCAUGCCACUCUGGCGACCGCGGCUGCUCUCUUCGAUAAUGGGAACAAGAGCAAACGGCUGACCUUCGACACAAAGUCAGGAACCUUGACCGCCAUGAAGACAGACGACGGGAAGGUUAUGCUCAACAUGCCCGCGAGGAUGAAUAAGCAAUUGAGCAAGUCGAUUUACAACAACCUUUUCAAGCACGUUGUGGGUGAGCGUUUGGAAGUGGUUGAUGUCGCCUAUUCGACAGAGGAAAUGAAACUUAUACUCCGCCUCAAUGAUACAACCACAAUGAGGCAGCUGGAGAACUUCAAUCCUAACUUUGAGCAGAUGAUGGCAUUCAAUGGAGGAAACUUAACUCUCCGCGGUGUGACCGUCACUCUAAAGGGAUCAAAGGAGAAUGGAUGCGUGAACGCAGAAACUGGUGAGGUGUAUGACUUCGUAUCGAGGCAUUUCGCUCCUUGGUAUGGCAUACCCGAAGAUCCCGUUACGGGUUCUGCUCAUACGGUCCUGGGACCGUACUGGGCAGAGCAACUCGGCGGAAAAUGCAAACUCCUUGCUCGACAGGCUUCGAAGCGCGGGGGCGACCUUUAUAUCACCGUCCGCAAUGAUCAUCGCAUCGAGAUGGGAGGUCAUUGGGUGUGUGUGAGAAAAGGAGAGAUCUACGUCUAGAACGGGUCGUGGAUAGUGACGACACCGUCAUAGUCCCGGGAACACGAGUGCUCAAGAUUCGCCAAAAACAAUCGAGUUUUCCGUGGGACGGGAUCGAUCAUCCGCUUCGCGUUCGGACCGAUCGGCCAUGUUGUACGGGUGUUUGUUCAACGAUAAGUCCGUUGAUUCUCUUCCGCGACGGCGAUUAGUCGGGCAUACUGUUACCGUUGAUGCCGAUUCCUCCAUUCGAUUUUCUAGAAAGUGUCCUGACCUUCUACGACCGACUCCUGCUUUCGUCAUAAGCGAAGGUUGUUUCCGAGUCGCGUUGUCAGGACUCGUUUUUCGAUUCGCGGACAAGUUCCCCUGAUGAGAUGACCAGGCUCCUCCGUCCCUCGAAUCCCCAACGACAACGGGUGGAUUCUAGUGGGAAUGCAUUCCCAUGCAGCGGGAAGCUAACCGGGGACCGAUGCGGAAAGAGGGGAACUUCGAUGCGUCUUUAGUUCAUGUAGGGAGCUUACGGAUAUGGACACUUGUCGCGAUGGUGUACCUCGUAGGACGGCAGUCGCCCUUCGAAAUUGGAUAUAUUGUAUCAUGACAUACAUUAUUAUUGAUGCUCGAUGGAUCAAUUCUGAUCUACGAGGCUGCAAUAUUCGAGGCUCCUGUUAAAGUUCGAGCCGAGCAAUCAAUUGGCACGUAAUAAAUCGCUCGUUACAGUUUA